UAUUGGACUAUCGAAAAUCCUCACCUGAUAACUGAAGGAAACAUUUGAUAUGUGAAUUGAAUUAAGAUAUUUAAAUAUAUUUAGAGUGAAGAACCAUCGAUUGAUAUGGCAUUUAAGAAGAGAAAGUAUAUCAAAUUUAUAUCUGCGAAAUAAUUUCUCACGAUUUUUACGAUUCAAGGUUUUCAUUCGUACGUUUUAAUGUUCAAAAAGUGGGUUAAGGUCGAUAUACCGGUCGAUCGACUUCUUUCGAUAUAUCACCAAAAACGGAAAAUAUUCUAAAAAUGCAGAUUCGCGGACCAAUAUGCUGGGAAAACAGUGCUCUACUAAGUACGUUAUCGUGAAGGAAACUCAAAUGUGGACCCGACUAGAUUUUCGAGGUCGAUCAUACUUCGGGGUGGAGUAUAAAAGGACCCGAUUUAACAAUUCUCUACACAGUCAACAAACCAGACAGUGAACAAAAUGAUCGCUAAGGUUGCAGUAAUUCUCGCUCUUUUUGCCGUUGCCAACGCCGGCUUCGUCGGAUACGGUGCAGGAUAUGGCGGCGCCCACUUAGGUGGACGAAGUGUCAGCUCUCGUAGACAAGACGAUUUCGGCAACUAUGCUUUCAACUACCAGAUCGUUAAUGGAGUAGGUGCCGCCAAUGGUAGAUGGGAAUCAGGAGAUGGAUAUGGCAACAAACGUGGUUCCUACACUUUAGCUGAUAUCGAUGGCCGUGCAAGACGUGUCGAAUACGUUGCCGAUGGUGCAGGUUUCCGCGCCAUAGUAAAGACCAACGAACCAGGAACCGCUCACAGUGCACCAGCAGCUGCCAUUGUUGCAUCCCCAUACGCAGGACCCAUUGCAGGUAGUCCAGCGUACGUUGCUCACGGAGGUUAUGGUCCCGGUGUAUUUGCCGCCAAGGGCCAUUAUUAUGGUUAAUUCUCUUUAGCGGAAAAUUGCUUCUUUAACGUCCCAGCUUUUCCGUCUCAAUGCCAAAACAUAAAGCUAGGAUUCUACUUCAAAGUGUGCUAAUGGAGGGAAUAUACUAUGCUGGCAUUUCGAUGUUGAAUUACGUACUGUACAUAUCUUAUCAUUGGCGCUAUGCUCGUGUACAGCAGUCUUUCUUCGAUGUGUGAUUGUGUAUAUUAUGUAAUAUAUUUACAAUGUGUAUUAUAACGCUUAGGA